AAGAAAGUGACUGAGUCCCCUGACACAAUGCUUAAGCAAGGGCUGGACAACAGAUACCGUGUGCUGGAAGUCAGCAUAAAGCAGAGAACUGGAGGUGACCCUGAGAAACACCUGACAAUUACAGCAUUUCCUUCCCUGGAGGAUACAGAGCUGUGCAUUCUUAGGAACGGCUGGGAGUCUGUUCCAGUUGUUCCAGGAGACAUCAUUCAUUUGGAAGGGGAGUGUAGCUCCGGCACCUGGCUCAUAAAUGACCAGUCUGGAUACCUGGUGCUGUACCCAGACCUGCUGCUCUCCGGCACUACGAUAUCCAGCAGCAUUCACUGUAUGAGGAGAGCAGUGCUGAGUGAGCGCUUUAGGGGCUCAGGGUCUGGUUCACGCCAAAUGCUUGUCGGUACAAUUCUUCAUGACAUUUUCCAGCAAUCGGUAACAAACAACUUGAGCCAAGAAAAAGUACAAGAUCUAGCAACUAAAAUUGUGCAUGGACAAAAGUAUCUCAAAGAAAUGUAUCACUUAAAUCUGAAACAAGCAGAAAUAAUGCAGGAAGUAGAAGAAUAUUUGCCAUCGUUUUUUAAAUGGGCAGAAGACUUCAUGCACAAUCCAGUGAACAAAAAUAAAAUGCAACUAAAACUAUCCAGUGAUGAAAAACCAGAAGAUCUAUCCUCCAAGAUAGAGAUUGUAGAUAUCUUGGACAUUGAAGAGAACAUCUGGUCUCCCAGGUUUGGGUUGAAGGGAAAGAUUGAUGUUACAGCUAGGGUGAAAAUCCAUCAUCAGUCUGGAGUACAGUAUAGGGUAAUGCCAUUGGAGCUCAAGUCUGGCAAGGAGUCUAACUCCGUAGAGCACAGAAGUCAGGUUAUUCUGUAUACGUUGUUGAAUUUAGAGCGGAGAGUAGAUCCUGAAGCUGGAUUUCUUCUUUACCUUAAAACUGGUACCAUGUACCCUGUUUCUGGCGCUCGCAUGGACCGAAGAGAAUUAAUGAAGUUAAGAAAUCAUGUGGCCUUCUACUUAACACACAGUACCUGUAAAUCUGCUGUGGGAAGGCAGCAUUCACAGCUUGCUGCUUUGCCUCCUGUGAUUGAUGACAGCCAAGCUUGUAAAUAUUGCUCCCAAAGGAACAAUUGCUUUCUGUACAGCAGAGCUGUAGAGCAGAAGAUGGCCAGUGUGUCCUUUCCUCCUGCUAUGGUACCUCUUAUUGACAGAGAGACCCAGCACCUGAAACCCUCCCACCUAGAGUACUUCAGCCUGUGGUAUCUGAUGUUAACCUUGGAGCUGCAAAGUGGAGAGCAUAAAAAGGGAUAUAAAAAUAUAUGGAUGACACCUUCUUUGGAAAGAGAGAAGGCUGGAGAAUGCAUUGGAAACAUGCUCAGGGUUGAUGAAGUAUGUGAAAUUUCUGAGGGACAGUACCUACAUGUGUUCCAGCGUAGAAAUGGUGCCGUGCCUGGAACAAACCUGUUGGUUGGUGAUCGAGUGGUUGUGAGUGGAGAGGAAAAGGGUUUACUUGGUUUGGCUACUGGUUAUGUUAGAGAAGUCAGUGGAACAGAAGUCUCCUGUUUGUUGGGCAGGGAUUUGUCAAAGCUCCCCAAGAACACCACAUUUCGGUUGGAUCAUGAAGAAGGAGAUUUUGGUACUGGAGUCCCUUUUGAAAACCUUUCUAAAUUAAUGGAAGAUUCCCCAGUCAGUGAAAGGCUUCGCAACCUGAUAAUUGACUUCAACAGACCACGUUUUAUUCAGCACUUGAGCUCAGUCCUUCCUCCAGGAGCAAAGGAAACUGUUGCAAAUAUUUUAAAAGGUCUAAACAAGCCUCAGAAACAGGCAAUGAAACAAGUGCUGCUUUCGAAAGACUACACACUUAUAGUGGGUAUGCCUGGAACAGGAAAAACGACUACAAUAUGUGCUCUAGUGAGAAUUCUUUCUGCUUGUGGCUUCAGUGUUCUUCUGACUAGUUUUACACACACAGCUGUAGACAAUGCCCUGCUGAAGUUAGCCAAAUUCAAAGUUGGUUUCUUGCGCUUGGGGCGAGCUCAGAAGGUUCAUCCAGAUAUUCAGAAAUAUACAGAAGAAGACAUUUGCAGGUCCAAAUCAAUUAAAUCUGUAACAGAUUUGGAAGAGGUCUAUAACAGUCAGCUGGUAGUGGCAACGUCUUGCAUGGGGGUAAAUCACCCCAUUUUCGUUCAGAAGCAGUUUGAUUUCUGUAUAGUUGAUGAAGCUUCCCAGAUAAGCCAGCUCAUCUGCCUGGGCCCUCUGUUCUGCUCCAAAAGAUUUGUGCUGGUGGGGGAUCAUCAGCAGCUGCCUCCACUUGUGCUGAAUGCAGAAGCAAGAGAUCUUGGCAUGAGUGAAAGCUUAUUUAAAAGGCUGGAACAAAACCAAAAUGCUGUUGUCCAAUUAACUGUGCAAUACAGAAUGAACAGUAAAAUCAUGUCACUGAGUAACAUGUUAGUGUAUGAAGGCAAACUGCAAUGUGGCUCAGAGAAGGUGUCAAAUGCCACUGUUAAGUUGCCCAACCUAAAAAAAUUGAAACUGGACCUUGGGGAUGCUUCAAAAUCCUGGCUGAAGGAAGUGCUUGAUCCAGACACACCUGUGUGUUUCCUGAACACGGAGAAGGUCCCAGCACCAGAACAUGCAGAAAAAGCUGGCAUAAGUAACGUGACAGAGGCUAAAAUAGUUCUCUUCAUCACAUCCUUAUUUCUGAAGGCUGGCUGUAAGCCUUCAGACAUUGGCAUUAUAUCACCAUACAGGCAUCAACUGAAAACAAUCACUGAUUUGAUGGCAAAAAUGAAGGAGAACAGAGUGGAAGUCAACACAGUCGACAAAUACCAAGGAAGAGACAAAAGUAUCAUAAUUGUGUCUUUUGUUAGGAGCAGUAAUGACGAGAAUCUCGGGGCCCUGCUGAAGGACUGGCGCCGCCUGACUGUUGCCAUCACAAGAGCCAAGCACAAGCUGGUCAUGGUGGGCUGUGUUCCCUCCCUGUGCUGUUAUCCUCCCUUGGAGAAGCUCCUCUGCCAUUUGCAGUCCCAGGCAAUGAUUUUCAGUCUUCCGGCUGGGGCUCAUGACAGUAUCCACAGAUGUAGCAUCUUGUGA